AUGAGUCCAACCGCUUUGGUAAUACUGUCUGAGGGAGCUGAAGAAAUUGAAGCCGUAACAGUUGCUGAUGUUCUAUCCAGAGCUGAAGUAAAGGUUACAAUCGGUGGACUUCAAGGUGAUGGAGUUAUCAAAGGGAGUAAUGGAGUCUGUAUAAAACCUAGUGUAGCGCUUUCCAGCGUUUCAUCCCAUCUCUUUGAUUUGGUUGUAAUGCCCGGUGGUAUGGGUGGCUCUAAAGCCAUGGCAGAGUCCACUCUGGUUGGAAAAAUACUGAAGGAACAUGAGAAGAACAACAAAUAUAUUGCAGCAAUUUGCGCUGCACCUAUCGCCUUGGAAUCUCAUGGAAUCCUAAAAGGAAAGAAACUGACCUCUUACCCAGGCUUCAAAGAAAAACUCCCUAGCUAUACCUACUGUGAGGAUAAUGUUGUUGUUGAUGACAAACUUGUAACAAGCCGAGGUCCAGGAACAGCAUUCGCUUUUGCAAUGAAGCUAGUUGAGUUAUUAUGCGGUGACUCUAAAGCUCAGAAUCUCAAAAAAGAUCUAUCAAGUAUAUUCAGAGCACUAUCUUCUUGUUUAAUGUCCUUGAAUCAAUCGCACUCCAGUACUAUAUACGGGACCCAAAACGAACGAAUACUUCGUCUUCAAAUUUCUCGCGUAUGGAUAAAAUAAACAUUGAUGAACGCUGGAUACAAUUACAUCUACAUCUUGCAACAACCAGCAAAACUUAAUGGAAAACAAAAGCCACUGUAACUCUGGACGAAUUCGCUCCAUUGACUUAUCUUAGUUGACGUGGAGACAUCUGCUAACUAAAAUAUUAGUUUGAAUGAAAAAUAGCAGACUCUAUGUACAGUAGUAUUAUUUUUUUCAUAAUAUUAAAAUACAAAAUCUGGAAACAAA